AGAGAGAGAAAGAGAGAGUGAGAGAGAGGGAUGGUGAGUGAAAGUGAGCUAGUGGGGGCAAACGAGAAUUCCCUCGCAGUCAGUUUUCAUCCUCGUUUAAGGAGCAGGGAGCAUUCAGAGAGAAAAAGAGGAAAAGACGAAGAAUCAAAGUCGUGCUCAUAACCACAUCCUCUAUCUGAAAAAAAAAAAAAAUCAAAUAAAAAAAAAAUAAGACAAAGAAAAUCCUCUUUUGCUGUGACAGCUGGUAUUGCACACAGAGGUUAUGGCUGAGGUGGAGCUCAUCUCCACACCCCAUAAUAUUCAGAUCAGUGAGGUGACCUGUGACUCCUUUCGGAUUGCGUGGGAAAUGGCCCCUGAGGACAUGGCCCGACUGACGCAUUACUUCAUCGACUUAAGUCGUAAAGAGGGCGCAGAGCGCAAUCGCUUUAAACACAGAGAUGUCCCCACCAAGCUGGUGGCGAAGGCAGUGCCUCUGCCAAUGGCUGUGAGAGGCCACUGGUUCCUGAGCCCUCGAACGGUGUACUGUGUGGCUGUGCAGACCGCAAUCAGACAGCCUGAUGGAGACUACCAAGUGUCUGAAUGGAGCCAAGUAGUGGAGUUCUGCACUGGGGAUUAUGCCAUGGAUCAUCUCCAGCAACUGUUAGAUAAAGCUCAGGCCGCUGCUGGGAGACUCCUCAGGUUCUCUGUGUUCUAUCGCAAUCAGCAUCAUCAAUACUUUCAUUAUGUGAGGUCAGAGUGUGGGGGUGCAAUGCUCCCAUCUCUUAAAGACAACAGUGGAAGUCACGGCUCCCCCAUCAAUGGCAAGCUGCGCGGCGUCUUCCUCAGCUGCAACACAGAAUUCGACACAGGCCUUCCUCCUAAGGACUCUCCGUACGGCCCCCUGCGCUUCCAAAUCUCUGCUGAACGUCUCCUCAACCCGAGUACUAACCUUUACUUUGCUGACUUCUACUGCAUGUACACAGCUUACCAUUAUGUAGUCCUGGUGCUGGCCCCUGCUGGAUCGGAGGGGGAUAGCUUUUGCAAGAGCCGCCUCCCAUUACUGGAUCUAACGGCCAAUCCAUUUCUAACAUACACCCCCGGAGAUAAACCGGUGUUUUGCCAUUCCAGUGAUGUUAUACUGGAGGUGUUGUAUACAGAGCCUUUGCUUUUGGAGCAUGGCAACCUGGCACAGAUUAGCGGCCACCACCAGCUCAUGAGCCUCUCCACUGCAAAUGCCAAAAAAGACCCAAGCUGUAAGGUGUGUAAUAUCAGUGCGGGGCGUUGAACUGCCUGGAUUUAGUUACUGGAAUUGAAACCACACAACUGGACCAUGUUUAAUAAUGAGAACCUUGCUGGUGGUCGUCUGAAAAUGGAAUAUGCUGAAACACCACCGACAGUCUCAUUCAAAUCAGAACAAAUAUUCACGUUAUAUAAAAGGCAGUAGUGCAGUACCAUUCACCAUUUUAAAAUGUGUAGAAGGCUUUGCACUAAAACAGAUAAAUAAAUAAGUGGGAACAAUGGUAAUUAUGAGUAAAAUUGUUAUUUGUUAGAUUGAAAAAGGUCAUGGUCCUGAAGGUCUGGCUCCAUGCAAAAAUUUACAGAAAGCCAAAUAUGGGUCACAUGGUAUGAAGCUAUGGGGGGGGGGGGGGGGUUGAUAUUCUUCCAUUUUUAAGAAUAUAUGUGAUAAGAAUAUGUGAUUUCUUUUUUAUAGAAUAUGUGAUGUUUUUGAGAAUAUGUGAUAUCAUCUGAAAGCAUAACAACUGAACUUUUAAGAAACACCAUUCAAUGAAGCAUUUUUUCUGAUAGACAAUAUACUGUUAAUAUACACCAAUCAGCCACAACAUUAAAACCACCUGCCUAAUAUUGCGUAUAUAUAUAUAUAUAUAUAUAUAUAUAUAUAUAUAUAUAUAUAUAUAUAUAUAUUUUGUUUUUAAAUUGUUCUGGACUGUUUUGGUUUGUGAACGGCACAAGUUUCUCUUGUAAACAAUGACGCGCUUCCUGACUCCUCCUCCACGUGACGCGUGGCCUUACCAAUGAGCUUACGUCAUCCCUCUCAUGAGCGCGCAUCACAGAGAUGCAGAAAUAUGCAUUUUGGACCGUCAAAAAAUGGAGUACAUUCACUUGCAUUGUUUAGAGGAGGAGACCUGAAAUGAAAUCCUAAAAGUCUUAAAUUCUGUUUUGAUGAAGAAAGAAACUCAGAUACAUCUUGGAUGGCCUGUGGGUGAGUAAAUUAUCAGCUAAUUUUCAUUUUUGGGUGAACUAUUCCAUUAAUGUAGUGGCUGAUCGGUGUACUUAAUACUUUAUAUACUGUUUCUUAUGCUUAAAACACUGCUUUAAUGUCAAAUAUGAUCUUACUUGAACAAUUUCAGAAGCUUGUGUCACUUCUCUGUCAACACUGUUGACUUGGUCACUGUUAUUUUAUAUAUAUAUAUAUAUGCUACAAACAUCAUUAUUAAUCUAAAAUAAUUAGAAUGGCCUAAAUAAAAACAUGGCAAAGUUAAAGAACAAUAACAUAGUUUAUAAAAUGAGAUGUAUACUAUGACAUAUGAUUAUUAUUGUCACACACACGACCCUGUUAAAAGAAGCUCUGAAUGUCUGUCCCAGUCAGAUAUAUUUUGGCUGGUGCCUGUUGGUCAUUCAGCGUUUCUGUGAAAAAAAGACGUCAUUAAAGACGUCCGAGAUGAAAAACUCGCUAAAAGUGACCAAAACGUAAAAUGUUUUCAUCUGUU